UUGUGCUGUUAUAAGGACAAACAGGAAACCGGAAGUGAACAAUUCAUUUGAUGGAACGUUAUAAAAUCGGUAACAACAACAACAGAGCAGGUUUUAAUCAAACGCUGAGAGUCGCACAGGAUUGAUGUCAUCAUUGUGAGAAAGGGUACUUUCAAGGGCACUAUGGGUAAAGGCUGUAAGGUGGUGGUCUGUGGCUUGGCCUCUGUUGGUAAAACAGCGAUUCUCGAGCAGUUACUGUACGGAAACCAUACCGUUGGUGCUGAAACAAAUGAAACCCAGGAAGACAUCUAUGUGGCCUCUGUCGAGACGGACCGUGGUGUGAGAGAACAGUUACGUUUAUACGACACCAGGGGGCUCCACGAUGGCCAGGAGCUGCCGAAACACUACUACUCAGUGGCUGACGGCUUUGUUCUGGUGUACAGCAUCGACAGUAUGGAGUCCUUCAAGAAAGUUGAUGUCCUGAAGAAGGAAAUUGACAAAUCCAGGGACAAAAAAGAGGUGAUGGUGAUCGUACUGGGUAACAAGGCAGACCUGCGCGAGCAGCGUCAAGUGGAGCAGGAAGUGGCUCAGCAGUGGGCUCGGGCCGAGAAAGUGAAGCUGUGGGAGGUGAGCGUGACUGAGCGCAGCUCACUCAUCGAGCCCUUCACUACUCUCACUAGCCGCCUCACGCAGCCUCAGAGCAAAUCAGCUUUCCCCCUGCCUGGCCGCAAGAGCAAGGGAACUCCCUCCAACGACAUCUGAGCUUGAAUUUCUAGUUAAUAACAGCACCUGGCGGGUCACUGCCACACGAAGACGAUGAAAAUGGACGAUCAGCCAAGCACAUCUGGAUUACCAGUAGUCAUUAACAUGCUCCAGUGGUUUAGAUUUGAGUAAUAAAAGUAGGAGAGUGGCUGAUAAUUGCAAUCAGUGUGAUGAAGCUUAUUUCUGAACAAUUUAGUGUUUUCAUGAGGAAAAAUAGGAAUCUAUAAUUCUAUAAUGCUUCCACAGCAGUAAAAUGAGCUGUUUUAGCAGUCGGGUGUCUAUAUAAAACUGCCAUAAGUGCUUUAUUUUCAGCUCAUGUGAAGUAGAGGUUUAACUGAUCUUCCAAUAGCAUUUAAAUGAAACAUAUUACAGACCUUUAAUGAAGCCUCGCUGAGCUUGGCUUUGCAGUUUAGCCCAACGCAGUAGGAGGCACAGCUUUGAGGUAAUACUUUGAUAAUUUUGUAGCAAUAGGCAAAAAAGUAUUUUGUUUACCGAGCUGCUCAAGUUGUGAAGCCGGGUGUAGGAGAGCAAGUGAGUUUUGUGUAGAUUUAUAUCACUGUAUUGCACAACUUUGUGACUUGGCACUUGUAUGUAAUGUGAACAGUAGUCUUAAAUAAAUCAUUUGUUAAACUCCAAGGAAAAGUAGGCUAAUAAAUGUAAUCUUUAAUAACUGACUUUUCAGAGUGGAAUGUUAAUGUGACAGCACUGUGCAGAUAUUUGUUAUAUGAUUUGAAACAGUGCUUCUCGAAACUUUUUGUAGUCUGUAAAAUAAAUACCACACUCCCUCAGUGCAGAUUUA